AUGGACUACAUGGCGCUAUGUAGAGAAUUGCUACUUAUCAGCGACGAUCAUGAGACAGCAGGAUAUCUUCAAGAUCUGGUUGUUUUCGAUGGUGCCGGAAACUGGCCACCUCAAACAAAUCAUGGGAACUCAUGGCCGGAGCCGCUGCGCCCUUACCAUGAGAUUUACCUACAGCUUGUGCCAACAUUGUCCUGCGCAACGGUAUUGCCAAAUGAUUCGUCCAAUUAUCGGCGAUGUCAGGACUACCGCGCCCGAAUGCGUAUGCUUCUGCAAGACCGCAUAGUCAUUGCCGAUGUAGCUACACUAUUAUCAGAUAUGGAAGCUGGUUCAUGUGUCGGUUUUGAUUUAAAAGCAUACAAUGGGUUUUAUGCGUGCAUUGCUCUGUCUCGUCAUGCUUUCAGGUGGGGGACAAUACCAAUUGUAAAAGCAGCUCAAGAGGAGAAGAUUAUUGACAUACCGGUUGAGCUCGAAAUUACUUGGCGCUGCCUCUGUCGACACUUCGGACUCUAUUCACAGGGAGGCAACGUGACAUCAAACUAUUUCUGUAACUUUAACGAUCGGGAUCAAAUAGUAUAUCUAAUCAAUGAGGAUAUGUCUGAAGUCACCAGGACUGCCGAAUAUCACUUUGGACAUGUCUUUCCGGCUAUAGAAAAAGCUGCCUCACCAGUGUAUUACCAUGUUGUCAAUUCCAUCUUUCAAUAUGAGACAGACAAUAAGGGAGCUUACGUCGCCUCGCUACACAUAAUAGAAAGACUCCUCCGGCAACCGAUCAAAAUAUAUUACGAUACUUUAGUAGAUUCUAAAAUUUCUCGGAGCAUUUGGAUGGCGUAUUGCCAAGGAUUUCAAGGAUGGGCAGCAGGCGAGCUCAUUGACGGCGUUUAUUUCGAAUACGACGUACUAUCUGGAAACCAACUACCGUUCUGCCAUAUCAUCGACGCUUUCCUAGGACUUGAGUGUUAUCUCACCGACCAGAAUAGAGAGGGAUAUAUUCCCGUGCGGCAACGCGACUUCAGUGAUUCGGUGAGGAAACACAGCUUCCGUCAACAGGCGAAGCGCUCAGGGGACAGCGUAAUUGAAGCCGAGAUGGAGAAGAUCGUCCGGAGAAUGCGCAUCUUCCGACACACUCACUGUGCGUGUGCAACCUUACUUACUGCACCAGAGCGGCUGGUGAUGACAGCAGGAAAGUCCGUACUCGAAAGUGAAGAAAUCCCAGACGUUGAUGCUGCCAUCGAUUUCCUAGACGACAUAUUGGUCAAGCGACUAGGAGAGACAAGGUAGAAAG